ACCAGGAAUUAUUUUUAUUUCUUUGUUUCCCGGGGAAAAAAAAAAAAAAAAAUUAUCCCCCUCAAAAUAAUUAAAAAAAAAGCCCCGCGCGAGGGAACCUCCCGCGGGGGCGGAUGGUGCUGCCGUGAGUGGAGCCGGGCCGGGGCAGCGCGGGGCCAGGCCGGGUAGGGCCGGAGCGGAGGCGGCCGGGAGGAUGAAGCGGCGGAGCGCGGACUGCAGCAAACUGCGGCGGCCGCUCAAGCGGAACCGCAUCACCGAGGGCAUCUACGGCAGUACUUUUCUGUAUCUGAAGUUCCUGGUGGUGUGGGCCCUGGUACUGCUGGCAGAUUUUGUCCUGGAGUUCCGAUUUGAGUAUCUGUGGCCGUUCUGGCUCUUCAUCAGGAGUGUUUACGAUUCCUUCAGAUACCAGGGGUUGGCCUUUUCAGUAUUUUUUGUGUGUGUAGCAUUCACAUCAAAUAUCAUAUGUCUGCUCUUCAUACCAAUCCAAUGGCUGUUUUUUGCCGCCAGCACGUAUGUUUGGGUACAGUAUGUCUGGCACACAGAGAGGGGGGUGUGCUUACCAACAGUAUCACUGUGGAUACUUUUUGUUUAUAUUGAAGCAGCCAUUAGAUUUAAAGAUUUAAAAAACUUCCACGUCGACCUUUGUCGCCCAUUUGCAGCACACUGUAUUGGCUACCCUGUCGCCACUUUGGGCUUUGGCUUUAAAAGUUACGUCAGCUACAAAAUGCGUUUAAGAAAACAAAAAGAAGUGCAGAAAGAGAACGAAUUCUACAUGCAGCUCCUCCAGCAGGCUCUGCCCCCAGAGCAGCAGAUGCUCCAAAGGCAAGAGAGGGAGGCAGAGGAAGCAGCCAAAGGAUUAUCUGAUAUGGAUUCCUCAAUACUUUUGCAGCACAAUGGAGGCAUUCCAGCCAAUAAAAAAAUAACUGCAACGUUGCCAGAGCUAGAAUAUAGAGAAAAAGGGAAAGAAAAGGACAAGGAUGCUAAGAAACACAACCUUGGAAUAAAUAACAAUAUUUUGCAACCUGUAGACUCUAAAAUACAAGAAAUUGAAUAUAUGGAAAACCAUAUCAAUAGUAAAAGAUUAAAUAAUGAUCUUGUAGGAAGUACAGAAAACCUCUUAAAAGAGGACUCAUGCACUGCCUCGUCCAAAAAUUACAAAAACGUCAGCGGAGUUGUGAACUCCUCGCCUCGCAGUCACAGUGCGACCAACGGGAGCAUCCCUUCCUCAUCCACUAAAAAUGAGAAAAAACAGAAGUGUGCGAGCAAGAGCCCGAGCACACACAAGGACUUAAUGGAAAAUUGUAUUCCUAAUAACCAGCUGAGCAAACCAGACGCACUGGUAAGGUUGGAACAAGAUAUUAAAAAAUUAAAGGCGGACCUGCAAGCGAGCAGGCAGGUGGAGCAGGAGCUACGCAGUCAGAUCAGUUCUCUGACCAACACAGAGCGGGGAAUUCGGUCGGAAAUUGGGCAGCUCCGGCAAGAAAACGAACUGCUGCAGAACAAAUUACACAAUGCUGUACAAAUGAAACAAAAAGACAAGCAAAUGAUCAGCCAGUUGGAGAAGAAACUAAAGGCAGAGCAGGAGGCACGAGCCUUUGUAGAAAAACAAUUAAUGGAAGAAAAGAAAAGAAAGAAGUUGGAAGAAGCAACUGCUGCACGUGCUGUCGCAUUUGCUGCUGCUACGAGAGGAGAAUGUACCGAAACUUUACGAAAUCGUAUCCGAGAGCUGGAGACAGAGUGCAAGAAGCUAACAAUUGACAUAAAGCUGAAAGAAGAUCAGAUACGAGAACUAGAAAUGAAAGUUCAGGAACUGCGGAAGUACAAGGAAAACGAGAAGGAUACGGAGGUGUUAAUGUCAGCACUUUCAGCCAUGCAGGAUAAAACACAGCACUUAGAGAACAGCCUGAGUGCAGAGACCAGGAUCAAGCUGGAUCUGUUCUCUGCGUUGGGAGAUGCAAAACGGCAGCUUGAGAUUGCCCAAGGGCAAAUCAUUCAAAAAGAUCAGGAAAUCAAGGACCUAAAACAGAAGAUUGCAGAAGUUAUGGCAGUAAUGCCCAGCAUAACGUACACUGCAGCCACCAGCACUCUGAGUCCUGUUUCCCCACAUUAUUCUUCCAAAUUUGUGGAGACCAGCCCUUCUGGACUUGACCCCAAUGCCUCUGUUUAUCAGCCCCUGAAGAAAUGAAUGCCAAUUUUCUUUUUUUUUUU